AUGCGUUUUUAUCUCUUCGGCUGGGCCCUACUCAGCAGUCUCGUAUGCAAGACAUUGGCAGACGACAGCGACAACUGCUGGACCAACAACUGCACAAAGCCCAUUGAGGUUGUUCCUGCACCAUGGACCCUCCACGGCACUGGCUGGGCAAUUCCCCUCCCGGCCGUCUUGUCGUUGCCUGAGAAAACUUACUCGCCCCUUGAACGUCAACAGGGCUCAACCGCGACGGAGGGACUGUACACAGGCGUCGUCGGCGCCAUACAAAUAAUCAGAUACACCGAUACGCCAGUAGGGCCGUAUGAUGAGUUCGUCCUCAUACCUGGGGCGUUCACAUACGCAGGGCCGUAUCUAGGACUUCCGGAGACAGACCUACGCGUUUCUCGAAUGUAUGUGUCUCAAAAAUAUACUUGCCUGAAUGGUAGAGUCAAUUGGAAUAUUCCCAAGCACCUUGCCUCGUUUGACUGGACCGACAAUGACGAUGGAAGCACCACGGUGAAGCUCUAUCCAUACGACACCACCGGCGACGAGAAUGAGUCCUACCCGGCCGACAAGCCCUUCUUCCAGGCCACCAUCUACCCAGACGCCGGACCCGACAUCUCUGUCAAUUUCAGCUCCCCUUUGAUUCCCGAAGGCGUGCCGGUCAGACUGAACCAGGCGCCACUGCCGACGGGCAACGGGAGCUACGGCGAGCUGCCUGGGACCCAAACGUGGGCCAACACUGUGCUCGCGUUGCAGGAUACUGCACCGGGCGUAGCAUUGGUUGAUCUGGACCAAGGCGCCGGAGACGUGGUUGCUGGCGAAAAUGUCAAUGCUGUUGGCGAUGAAUUCUACCCGAACUUUUGGCCUAGUCUUGGUCAGUUGAAUGCGGCUGUAAAGCUAGAGAACUUGACUAUUAUAUUCAAUCCGGCCGAAACAUGGGGGUAG